GCGAGGGGUGAGAGACCCACUCUCUCUCGCUCUCUUCUCUUACUUCGCUUCACUCUGGUCUCUCUCAAUCACGAACCUUCCCCUUUCUUUCUCUCUCUUCUCUCUUUGCAACGGCGUCGUUCUCUUCUUCUGUGCUAACCUCGCUUCGCUUCGCUCUUUCGGUAAAACGCGUUUAAGCUCUUGCCGUUUUCUGCAAAUUCAGCUAGGGUUUCACUUGAGCCGCGAUCUCUUACCCUAUCUUCGGCUUCUUCUACCGAAUCGCUGCGUCUAAAUUCUCCGUUUCAAAAUCACUUGUUGGGAAUUUAAGGAAGGACUUCGAGUUUGCUGCUUUCAGUUAGUAGCUGGUAAUUGAUUUGGGUGUUAGGUUCCAUUUGAAAUCAACUUGUGUGGUGGAAGCUGUGUAACUAUCUACACCGGUUAUUAUUACUGUUUUUGUUAUAAUUAUCAUUUUAAUUAUAGGAUUUGAGAAAAAGAGGCUUUGAAUUUCUCGUGUUUCCUGAAGUUUGUUUCAUUAAUUUUUGGUAUAGUAGGAUCCCAAGUAGCAAAAAGUGAAUUGAAUUUUGGUUUUUCAACAGUAAUCCUGAACUGCACCAAACCAAUAGGUUUGGUUGAAGAAACUGUGGCUUUUGGUUAAUUGAACAAUUGAACAUUACCAUGGCAAAGAGUAGGCUAUCUGGAGGUUAUUUUGGGAACGCGUUAGAUACUGCUGGUGAAUCUGAGGGGUCUGGUAGCUCAGGACGGAUAGAUACUGAAAUUACUGUUUCUGAGGAUUCUAGUAUUCCGACAAGGAAAUGUAUGAGUUUGAAUUCGAGUCGCCGUGAUGUAUUUGGUGUUUCCCUGCAAGUUGUGCCCUUGUCGAAUUUGUCACCCUUUCAGAGAAAAGAUCUGGUACAGAGGUUAAGGUCUGAGCUCGAGCAGAUUCGAAUACUUCAGAAGAAAAUUGAAUUACAGAGAACGAAUGGUGUUACGUUGUCAUCCUCCAGUGAUAUUCUUAGCUGUAGUAAUGGUAAUAAUGGGCAGAGAGUGGAAAGCUCGAAAAAACCCUCAGUGUCCAGUUCUGUACCCGGGAAUAAACUGAAGUCAUCAGGGAAGAGUCAGAAGCCCCGUGGGUGGAACCGGGGAUCUUCUGGAAAAUUUGAGUCUGCGGUGCGGUCUUGUUCACCAACCACUGCAAAUACAUUGUUGAUGAAAGAUUGUGACUCACUGUUAAAACGGUUGAUGAACCACCAGUAUGCUUGGGUUUUCAACACCCCUGUCGAUGUGGUGAAGUUGAAUCUUCCAGAUUAUUUCAAUAUUAUUAAGCAUCCGAUGGAUUUGGGAACAGUAAAAAGCAAGUUAGCUGCAGGCGCGUAUGCUGCCCCAUUGGAAUUUGCUGAUGAUGUGAAGCUUACAUUUUUUAAUGCAAUGACCUAUAAUCCACCUGGGAAUGAUGUCCAUCUCAUGGCUGAUACCCUCUGUAAAUAUUUUGAAUUAAGAUGGAAAACAAUUGAAAAGAAACUGCCAAGAAGUGAUGCUGUGUCAUUGCCUGCAAAGACAGAUACUUGUGAAGAUGUAAAAACUACUAGACCAAUGCCUCCCUCGAAAAAGAGAAAAAUUGCCUCAUUGCCCCCUCAACCAGAAGUUAUGCCACCUGCUAAGCAGGUUAUGUCAGAUCAAGAGAAGCACGAUCUUGGUCGGGAAUUGGAGUCUUUGUUGGGAGAAAUGCCUAUGCAUAUCAUUGAUUUCUUAAAAGAACAUAGCUCAAAUGGCAGAGAAUGUGGAGAGGAUGAGAUUGAGAUUGAUAUUGAUGAUCUCAGUGAUGACACACUAUUCACAUUACGCAAACUUUUGGAUGAUUUUUUGCAAGAGAAGCCAAAGAACAUGGCAAAAGUUGAAGCAUGUGAAAUAGAGGUGUUGAAUGAUUCUGGACCAAGCAAUUCCUCAUUGCAACCAUUUAAAGGUAAUGACUCAGUUGAUGAAGAGGUGGACAUUGGUGGAAAUGAGCCCCCUGUGUCGAGCUAUCCUCAUGUGGAGAUUGAAAAGGAUACAACUUCCAGAAUGAACAAAUGUCUAAGCCCAAGUAGCUCCAAUGAUUCGGACUCUAAUAGUUCUUCUGAUAGUGAAUCUGAAGAUAUAAAGGCAAGUCCAGCAAAUGGAGCAAAGGUACCUGAAAAUCUGGGUUCUGAAGUUCCAUUGGAUGAGAAGGCCGGGGCUACUGAUACUCUUGAAAGAAAUCAAUCUGUUAGUGGCUUAGAUCAACUUGAGGAUAACUCUCAGCAUAAGCCAAGUUCUUUUGAUUCUGAUGGUCAUCAAGAUGGGGACAGCGGUCCUACUGAGAGACAGGUCUCCCCUGAUAAACUUUAUCGAGCUGCUGUAUUGAAGAAUCGAUUUCUUGAUACCAUUUUGAAAGCUCGAGAGAAAACACUUACACAGGGUGAAAAGGGAGAUCCUGAGAAAUUGCGCCGGGAAAGGGAGAAGCUGGAGAUGGAGCAAAGGAAAGAGAAGGCAAGGCUACAAGCAGAAGCAAAAGCGGCUGAAGAUGCUCGAAAACGGGCAGAAGCAGAAGCUGCUGCAGAAGCCAGGCGAAAGAGGGAGCUUGAGAGAGAAGCUGCACGACAAGCAUUGUUACAGAUGGAAAAAACCGUUGAAAUCAAUGAGAAUUCUCGAUUUCUGGAAGAUUUGGAAAUGCUUAGAGCUGUACCUGCUGAGCAAUUGCCAAGCUCUGUAGAUGAGACGAGUCCUGAUCACUCUCAGGAUGCCCUUGGCAGUUUCAAGUUUGGGGGUAACAAUCCCUUGGAACAACUAGGAUUAUAUAUCAAAGCUGACGAUGAAGAGGAGGAAGGAGAGCCACCCUGUGUUCCAAAUCCUGUAAAUGAUGUAGAAGAGGGAGAGAUUGAUUAGAAUUUAUGCACAUUUUGUAUGCUGAAUUGAGGAGCAAAAUAUACGUAUCUUGAUAAAAAUGAAAAAAAGAAAAAUACCCCAUGUAUUCUAGUUCUUGUAAUGCAUUAAUCCAUCAUAAACGGGACGGAGCAUAUUUUCUUGUGGCAGCAUUCAGCUUCUUGACGGACAAUAUUCAGUUUGGGGCUGUCAUGGCUGAAGAGGAACCAAGGUAGGUGGUGCAAUGAGAUUAGUUUACAUCAACCUCACUGUUUUUCUAAUACUAGCUAGUGGCAAGAACAUCGCGUCCCCUUCAUUUAGGUUACGUUGUACAAAAAGAUAGGUCUUAGAAUUUGUGAACGUUGAAUUAGCUCCAUCUUUCUAGAAACUCUGCUUGUAUUUGCGUUUGGUUAUUCCUUUAUUAAAUUUUAAAGGCAGUUUCAUCUUCAGAACACUUUGAACGUUUUGGUGUAUAGCAUAAUUAAGAAACUUCCACGUGUUCAGCUUGUCUUUGUUUUCAUUUCAGUUGAAAUGUUUUGGUUAAUUACACAAUUAUCACAUUGGU